AUGACGUCGGUGUGACGUCAGAGAGAGAAGCGGAUGUCGCGGAGCGCAGGGCGGCGUGUUUGGGGCAAAAUGAAACAUGGACGAGGAGGACGUUGCUGAAAGUUGGGAGAAAGCGGCAGACAGUGGGGAAAUGGAAAAACGGUUAGAAGAGAAGCUCAGGAUCAGCCACAGAGAAAAAGAGUCCAGUAGAAAUUCUUCAUGGUCACCGCUUAAGUCAGCCAUGGUGAUUCAGGACAAUUCCUUGCCAGCAGCACCGCCACCUCAGAUCCGCAUUUUGAAGCGGCCCGCAAACAACGGGUCUUUGGGCUCACCGUUGAAUCCAAACAAGCCGACACUGCAGGUUAAGUCUCUUGCCCAGCGUGAGGCAGAGUACGCUGAGGCCAGAAGGAGAAUACUGGGCAGUGCCUGUGCUGAUGAGACGCCUCAGGACAAGCCCAACACAGACAGGUCAGGGCGCAUCAACUCGCCGUUGCCUUCAGAGGAGAAUCGGUCCCACAAUCAUGCAGUCAGACAGCAAGUCAGCCCAGACGCCGCCCAAAGGUUUCGCCAGCACAGAUAAGUGGGCCACGCCCCCCCUCAGCAGCCAUUGGAGGAGAGAGUCGGAGGCCCCUCCCAGAGCACAGCACCUUUCCCUGCAGUCCUGAGUGUGGCGCCGCUGUCAGGCCGACCGGACCUGCUCCGAGGAAGUGCUGUGUCCUCUCCUGUCUGACACUGUGAUUAAGGAUGCGACC